CAGAGUGUAAAUAAAAACAAGCCAGCAACAUGUCAAACUGCGCAAAAUGUGAAGAAUCAGAGACGAAGUAAGUUUUAAAGUCAGCUUAGCUUCACUGCAGAGUCACAAUCUACUUACUUUGUUUUGGCUAGCUUAGCAUCGAUGCUAAAGCUAGCUGAACAACAUUAGACGUUCAAUGAGUCUGAAUACUUUAGAGACAAAAACUGUUGUGCCAAAAAAAAGUGACCAUUUAGUUCUUGUUAAACAGUCACCUGGUUUCUCUUCGUACACAGCUGCUUCUGUCUGGAUCAAUUAGUCAUAAUAUGCAAACCGUAUGUUUGUGAUCCGGCUACUGUGUGUGUGUGUUUGUGAAAGUGAAUACCUGAAAAGAUGUUGUACUAAUGGUGUGCCUAAUAUCAUGUUUAUACUGUCAGUAGUAUCAUUUACAGAUGAAUUUUAUAUGUGUAAUAUAGAAAGUAGAUCUUUUCUAGCUAUCCUGUAAACUAUAAUAUUAGAAAAUAAAAGUAAAAAUCCUGAAGCCAUUUUGAUGCCUUGAUACCUUUUCAGUCACAAUGUAGGGGCUGCUAUCCUUUUUUUGGGCAUUAUAUUAGUUUUACUGCUCUUUUAAAGCUAUUUCAACUCGUAAAAAGGACUGGAUUAGUUAUAAUCUAGGUCAGAGAGCAAGUAAAAUAAUGCAGAGACAUGAGGAUGAUUGCUCAGUUUUUGGCAAAACAUCACCACAAGGGUAUCGUGGGCUCAGCGCUUGCUUUUUGUGUAUUGUUGUGGCUUGUGGUCAUUGCAAGAUCAGUUUGGUAAUAGCGGGCACUAAAACACAAUAUCAGCUUCUCACCUGUAGCAAAUUAAUCUGCAUAAUCAAUUAGUUGAUCUGAGUAUUUUUUUAGAUCAAGAAAUUGUCAAGUUAUUGAAUUUCCUGCUUCCUAAAUUUGCAUUUUUUCCUGUUUCUUUACUCCUCUAUGACAGUAAAGUGAAUUUCUCUUCAGGACAUCAUGUUGGAAAACACAGAUUGAUAUUUUUCACAUUUUCUUUUUGUAGACUAAGUGGUUUGUCAGCUUAUUCGGGCACAAAUCGACAGAAAGGUUGCAUGUUGUUGAACAAGUAUUUAGCCCUUCUGUUGUGACAUUAAACAGAAACCUGCAGAAGAACACAUUUGUGAUACGGUGCUGUAUUUGUUUGUGAUUUGUUAUCUUCAAACUGCAUGUGUGUGAUUGACAGCAGGUAUGAUGCAGAUGGAUUGGAUUCCGUCGGUCACUCGUUAUCCAUAAGAGUCAAGUAUUAUUGGUCAUUUGAGUAUCGUCUGAGGUGGAAAACAUCCAUGUGUCCCCAACACUCCACCAGACUGCCAAAGGCCUCCAAGAACAGACCUCAGAAAAGCCCCGUGUCAGAUGAAGACGUUAUUCAGCGUCGGCUGAAAAGUCAGAGACGGAGGACGUGGCAGAGGAAGACUGAAGCUGAUGACAGCGUGGUUGAUACAGAUGAGAGGAGGCAGCGUGACCUCAUCGACAUCAUUGACUGCACUCAUGAUGACGAGAAUGUCACCAUGGAGCAGACUGUAGAGAUAAACGAUACAGGAUUGACUGAGUCGGAUGAGGACUGCAUCUCUGUUUGCAGCAGCAUAGCUUCUGGUCCUUCCCUCCUACAUCACGCCACCCCCAAGAAGCCGAAGCCUUCGCAGGGCCUGUGCUCAGCCUGUAGGAAGAUCUAUCAGAAGGCCAAGAGAACAAAAGCACCAAUCAAAAACAAACUCCUUGACAUUGAUCCCGAGUCCCUGACAUGUGACCAGUGGGUUCUGAUCAAAAGGUGGACACCCAGAAGGCUGACCAACGUGAGAGGAGAUUUUUUAAGCCAUGCACAGCUGGAUAAGGAGGUUGGUGUGAGAGAGGGAACAUCUUCAGCCUGCUCGAGGCCGCACACUUUCCUUCAGAGGAACCUCAGACUGUGUGUCAGAGUGACAAAGAAAAACCAGAAGAAGAGAACUGGGAGGAAGAGAAGAAGAAAUGGCAGCCAGGGUUCCCGCGCUGCUAAGCAGCAGCGUCUCCACAGCAACCAUCACCGCCGGCACACCGGUCUGACCAGCCUGGAUGAAGACCUUCGUUCUGAGGGUCGUAGGCAUCAAGAAACCAACAAUCAGUCAAACACUGACAUGCCUGUGGACUUGACUCCCUGCUCAGUGAUCCUGGAAAACAUCAGGCCAACAGAGAAGAGGCCAAAGCAGAAAAAAACAAACGCAGCAGGUAGAUUCAGAGACCUGCUCGCUCAGCUGCACAGCAACAGCAGCAUGAUCGUCAGAGAGACACGAUAGCAAACGACACAUUAUUCUAGGAUGGAUGUAGCUUUAGGUUGUGAUGUUACCUUGUUUAGCCUGGUUGUUAUUCUGUAGGCGCCUUAUACCUGGAGUUUAUUGACCACUACUGUUGCACUUUAAUGUACUGGCAUGUUGUUUAGUUGUUCUUACAUUUUGAAAUAUGACUUAUUUAAAGUUUUAUGCAACAGGAUGCCUGUAAAUAAAUGUGUUUGUUAUUAUUUACAUUGAUUUUAGUGCAUGCCUUUUUAGAGCCAUUUGCUCUAGCAAAUGAGCAUCUGUGUCAGCAGCAGCACACCUGUACAAUGAUCAGAGAACAUCUCUGUGUGUCUCAGCAUCACACACAAACACUGCAGGUUAUGAGAGUAAAGUACUCAUCAUACUAAAAACCAACACUACACACACACAGAAAUGGAGAUUAUACUCUCAGUUGCGAAACAUGAAGCUGGCCAGUAUUCAUUUUAAAAAGCACUUCCUAUUUAGCAGCCAGUGAUCCGUCACAACAUUUAAACAACCUUCCUAUACUGUGUGGGUCCCGCUCAUGCUGACAAAACAGCUCUGACCCGUUGAGACAUGGACAUGGGACUUCUGAGGGUGUCCUUCGUUGUUUGGGAUGUUGGCAGCAGAUCUUUCUGGUCUAUUUGGUUGCGGGGUGGGGCCUCUGUGGAUUGGGAUUGUUUAGAGCAUCCACGGAGGCUUGAUCAGAUUGGGACACAGCCUCGUGUUCUUGUGAUGUGGUGGGGCACAAAAUGAUAAAGUCAAACUUGCAUCAGAAGUUUACUGCUCACUACAGAGUGGAGUGGUCAUUGUGUCGGGAAUACUGAGUGUGACAUGGAUUUCUAACGACUUUAAUGUUUCAGUGUGCUGUUGGUGGACACCAUGUUUAACGAAGGAAAGAAGAAGAAACUGGAAGAAAUCAAAACUAGCUCCAGAAAUAAAAUAAAGUUUUGAUAA